UUGUCUUCAUCGGAUGGUGGUUGGUCUGUCAUGGCAUUGUGCUUCUCCAGCUUAGCCAUCAACUCUGAGAGGGGAAAAAGUCUCUUAGAUCCCGUCCUCCUCCUCUUCCAGCAGCGACUGUAGCAGCAUCCGUGACUCCCCGCAGAGGACGGCCGGUGUUUGUAGGACUCAGGGCCCGCGGAGGGAGAGGUCCUGGCCUGGGCACGAAUCCCGAAGAGGCCCCGGGGCCGCCGCUGGAUGGAGUCGGGCUGUAUACAGACAGCAAUGGCUAUGGGUCUGACAUCGAAAAAGGCGUCUGCUCGGAGCGUCUGCGUGGAGCGAAAAAACCUCAUCACGGUCUGCAGAUUCUCCGUAAAGACUCUCCUCGAAAAGUACACAGCAGAGCCCAUAGAUGACUCAUCUGAGGAGUUUAUCAACUUUGCUGCCAUUUUAGAGCACAUCCUCAGCCACCGCUUCAAAGGUAACACUGCAGGUUCUGGCAGCUGGUUCAGCUCAGAUGGACAGCGCAGCUUCUGGGAAUACAUCCGGCUGGCGUGCAGCAAGGUGCAGAACAACUGCAUCGCCAGCAUCGAAAACAUAGAGAACAUCAGCACAUCACGAGCCAAGGGCCGGGCGUGGAUUCGAGUGGCGCUGAUGGAGAAACGUCUCUCUGAAUAUGUGUCCACUGCUCUCAGAGACACAAGAACAACAAGGAGGUUCUAUGAUGAUGGUGCCAUUAUGUUGAGAGAGGAGGCCACAGUGCUGACUGGCAUGCUGAUUGGACUGAGUGCCAUUGACUUCAGUUUUUGCCUGAAGGGCGAGACUCUGGAUGGGAAAUCCUCGGCUGUGAUUGAUUAUACGCCCUACCUGAAGUUCACUCAGAGCUAUGACUACCUUAGUGAUGAGGAGGACCGGCGCAGUGUUGACAGCAGUAACAGCGAGGAGAGCGUCCCUGAGCAUCCCUACAUCCCUCUGGUGACAGACGAGGAGAGCUGGAGCAACAAGUGUCGCAAGAUGGAACAAAGAUUUAAGAUUGUCUAUGCUCAGAAGGGUUAUCUAGAGGAGCUGGUGCGCCUGCGGGAGUCACAGCUGAAGAACGUAGAGACGGAGAACAAGCGUCUGAGAGCCAAGGUGGAGGAGCUGACAGUGCAGAGCCAACAGGAGAAGAAGGAGCUGGAAGCCAUUGUGCUGGAGCUGCAGGCACAACUCUCUGCCCUCAUGCCCUGUGACUCCUCCCACCUGGCUAAAGAUCUCUCCAUCCCACUCAUCAACCAGUGGUCAACCAUCACAAACAACCAACGUGAUGUCAAACUCUUCCGCAGGAGGAGCUUCCACAGCUUGGAGCAGCUUUCCGCUGAAGUCAGUCUGAACUCCGACUCUCAGAAGACUGAUGGGAGGCAGAAUGGCGACGCUGCCUGGACCUCUGCAGGAAAAGAUAACACUCCUUCCAUGCUGGGUCUGUGCGGCUCUUUGGCCUCUUUACCGAGCUCGAAGUCUCUGGCAAGCCUCAAGUCCAGUGAGUGUUUAGUCAACAUCAGCACUGAACCCAGCCCUGCGCUCUCUCCCAGCUAGGAGCUUCAAGACCAACAACAGCCGAGAUUGAACCCCAGCCUGUCUGCCUUGCUGCGUUGACCAUGUCCAAACACCCUACCAAAACCCUGCUCUCAUCUUAUAGCCACCUCUAUGGGAUAACAACAGGAUCUUAUGACACCACAUCUGGAUUUUUGUAUAUGAGAGUGAAGUUGUCAUGAAGCUAAAAGAGUCUCUCUCUUUUGGUUGUUUCCUUUCCCCUCACCUUAUCUUUUCUUCAUAUCCCUCUUUGUAUCUGUCAAUCCCUUCAUCUGAAAUCAUGCAAUGCCUCCGGGAACACUUGUCAGACAUUUUCCAAAGCAUCCAGUCGCAUCUAAAUUUUCCCAUCUUGCUCCUUAUUUGAAAAUCGGUAUUCUUCUCAUGGUAUUCUCUGUGUAUUUGUGCACCUUUGGCCAUUUUUAUUCCAUUUUAAGUGGCAGCUCUUUGGAUGCAGAGACAGAUGUGAUGAUCAUUUUAAGAGAUGCAGAUUAUCCAUAUAAAGUCAGAGGGUGGGUGGUUAAACAGGCUGCCCUUAUGGUGUCAUAGCAUCGAGACGUAUGCUCUGUGUGACUGAACGGUAUUAGGGUCUGUCACCCUUGAAAGUGCUUAUCAUUCCUGCCUGGCUAAUCAAACAACACAAACAUUUUCAGUAGGUUUAAAUCUGUGCAGCUAUUUAUGGAUUCUUUUAAGUCUUAAAGUACCGCAUAUGUUCAUUUAUCAUCUCCAACAGUAUGUUCUUUUUACACGUAUGCAGUACGUUGAGUUAUUUUGUUUUGUGUUGCAAUAAAUUGCCUUUUUCCAUGAA